UUAUCAGUCAGGGCGAGAUUAGUAACGAAUACUGCAGGGAUCGCCAAGCUUUUAGGACCGUGAGGACGUCACUGUAUCAGCUGCGCUUCGGGCAGAUGAAGUCAACCGUGUAGCAGACCCCUGGUGAAGCCGCAGCAACCCCUCAUGCCAAUGUUGGGCCGUCCAGCUUCCCGCGCGAUUGUAUCGCAGCCUCUUCUACGCCACUUCAUCCGGCCUUGCUCAUCCUCGAGCUUUCCCCUCUCAAGACCAACCUUUUCCUCUACCGCAUCUAAAGCUGCUGCUACCACCAUCUACCGGUACCCCGCUUCUAUCGAGACCUUCCAGCGUCUACACAAACUCCCAACCUUCCAGUCCCAUCGUGUCCGAAAUAUGGCUACCGAGCAUAUUCCCGACCGCUACAAACUCGUUUUCUUCGUGCCGCACUCCCACCUUGACGUUUGCAAGGAUGCGGUGUUCGCUACUGGUGCCGGAACAUUUCCUGGCGGCAAGUAUUCCAAAUGCUGCUUCCAGACACGGGGAACCGGACAAUUCCUGCCAGGAGAGGGUGCCAAUCCCGCAAUUGGCUCGGUCGGCGACGUGGAGUAUGUCGAGGAGAUGAAGGUGGAGGUCAUGUGCUUGGGACGGUCGAUUAUGCUGCAGGCUGUGGAGGCUUUGGUGAAGGCUCAUCCGUAUGAAGAGGUUGCGUAUGAGGUUUACAAGAUGGAGAAUGUGUAAUCUGAUCUGGAAUCCAAGGACGGAUGUGCGGCGUUAUGAGGAUGUUUCGGGGGGGGGUUCGCGUUUUCGGAAAUUUGCGGUAAUGGCUGUCAUUAGUUUCAAAAUAAUCCAUCGCA